AUGGCUUCUUCUUCUUCUUCUUCUUCCUCUUUGUUGCUCCCUUUCUUUCUUAUCAUUUUCUCAAGUUUCAUCGCACUUUCAUCAUCAAGAAGAUCAUUAAUCGACCGUCCUCCACCCAAAAGCCUUCCAAGAUCCGGUUUUCGAUUCAGUCUACAACACGUGGAUUCCGGUAAAAACCUCACAAAGAUCCAAAAGAUCCAAAGAGGGAUUAACCGUGGAUCCCACAGAUUAAACAGGUUAGGAGCUGUAGCUGUUUUGGCUGCAGCAUCUGAUCCUGACGAUACUAACAACAUCAAAGCACCUACUCAUGGAGGAAGCGGAGAGUUUCUUAUGGAGUUAUCUAUAGGAAACCCUCCGGUUAAGUACUCGGCUAUAGUCGAUACAGGAAGCGACCUUAUAUGGACUCAAUGCAAGCCUUGCACCGAAUGUUUCGACCAACCAACUCCGGUUUUCGACCCGAAAAAGUCUUCCUCUUACUCAAAAGUCGGAUGCUCUUCUGGUCUUUGCAACGCACUGCCUCGAUCGAAUUGCAACGAAGACAAAGAUUCUUGUGAGUAUUUGUAUACGUACGGUGAUUACUCGUCCACAAGAGGGAACUUGGCCAAAGAAACGUUCACUUUCGAGGAGGAAAACUCGGUUUCGGGCAUCGGGUUUGGGUGUGGGAUUGAGAACAAAGGAGACGGGUUUUCGCAAGGCUCAGGUCUUGUAGGUCUUGGUCGUGGACCGCUCUCGCUCGUUUCUCAGCUCAAGGAGACUAAGUUCUCUUAUUGCUUGACCUCUAUUGAGGAUAACGAAGCAUCUAGCUCGUUGUUUAUUGGAUCUCUAGCUUCCGAUAUCAUAAAUAAAACCGGUGCAAUGUUAGACGGUGAAGUCACCAAGACGAUAUCGUUGCUACGAAAUCCGAAUCAGCCUUCGUUCUAUUACCUUGAGUUACAAGGCAUCACCGUUGGAUCAAAACGUCUUGAUAUUGAAAAGUCUACUUUCGAACUAGCCGAAGACGGAACCGGAGGUAUGAUCAUAGACUCGGGCACGACCAUCACGUAUCUAGAGGAUUCCGCGUUUAGGACGUUGGCCGAGGAGUUUUCUUCUCGGAUGAGUUUACCAGUCGAUGAUUCGAGAUCGACGGGACUUGACUUGUGCUUCACGUUACCUGAUGUCGCCAAGAAUAUUGCUGUUCCUAAGCUCAUUUUUCAUUUUAAAGGCGCGGAUUUGGAGCUUCCGGGAGAGAAUUACAUGGUGGCGGAUUCGAGUACCGGCGUUUUGUGUUUGGCCAUGGGAAGUUCUAAUGGGAUGUCUAUUUUCGGAAAUGUUCAGCAGCAGAAUUUUAAUGUACUUCAUGAUCUUAACAAGGACACAGUGUCGUUUAUUCCCACUGAAUGUGGAAAAUUGUAG